GUACGCAGGGCCCUGGAUAAGAAAAUUCGAUACAGAGUUCUUGAGAUGGACCCAAAAGGAAAUCUUUACCUUCAUAAGACUGCGUUUCUCUGCAAAAAUGAAAUUGUUAAACAACUUGUAAAUAACAAAUACCAGCUGGUAGAAUCGAACCUGAUAGGUGAGUCGCGGUGGUUUGCUUUAAAAUGCUAUGUAACGACUCAAGAUUCUUUUUCAAAUAGGAUAAGACCAGAGAAUUUCCAAGUAAAUCGUGCUGAGUUAUUUCAUGCAUCUGUCACUCCCACGAUGUAAGAAAAGCUUGUAAAUUCCUGAAUUAGAGGAACAAGAUUUAGCUUCUUCGAACUGUGAAGAACAUUAAAAAUUAAGGCGAGAAACACUGGUGCAGCAGUGCCACUCAAAAUGUUUUCCUUAGUUUUCUUCACUCAAGGACGACGCAAAUUCAAUUCGUAAGUGGAAAGAUAUUGUGUCCAUUGACCUUUCUUUUCAGUGGUAACUGUUGCUGCUGGUAGUCGUUUAAGAAAAAAAUGUCAUUUUCAAAUGGUCAUUUCCGUUAUAAACGCAGGUCUGUCCAAAGAUUCUCCAGCACAGAAUUGUAAGGACCUUCAAAUGAAAACGCCUUCUGCCACGUCAGGCGUUUACUGGAUUGACCCCGAUGCUGGUUCCCAUGGCAACGCUUUCCAGGCCUAUUGCGACCAACAGACGGACGGAGGAGGUUGGACUUUGGCCUGGAGUUAUACCUUCACAGCUUAUUCAAGUUUCACGUCUAGUGCAAACGCUGUCACUCCACGGCCUACAUGGACAGCCAGCAAUGCACACACACGAGUGUCCAGCACAGUUCCACUGAGCGAGAUGCAUUAUGAAGCCAUGAACUUUGCUUUGUGGCGCACUAUUGGAAAAGAGUUCCUUAUCAAGAGUAACAUCAACAACUGGAUUGCUUGCAAGGAAGGUUCUGGAAGCCUCGUGAUGCAGAAAGCGGAGUCCCUCAGCUGUAAACUUGUUCAACAAGUUCCAAAGCAGUGUGCUGGUGUUGUGCCAAAGUCCAUCACGAUGGACAGUCGCGGCCCUGUUCUCAGCAGUGCAAGCGCCUACUAUUACUUCGACGGUAGCACGAGUGGAAAUUGGCCCACACAUGAUCCAUGUGGCAGAAAUCAAGCGAAUCAAGUAAAGGGUGUGGUUAAUCCACAUGGAAAUAUUUUUGUAAGGUAA